AUGUAUGCACUGCUGACCUCUUUGUGUUCUGCAAGUAGAAACAGCAGCAACAGUAAACCCCCAAAAAAGAAGGUGAAUAUGUGAAUCCAAACGUCUCGCUUUUCUUUCGUUAAUCGUGCCCUCCAAUGAUGACAGAUUACCUAUGUUUACACGGUCCUAUUCAAUUACAAUUCUACUCGAUAAAACUUGGCUGGUGGCUAGCGAAUGUAGGAUGGUUAAGGAACUUAAGCUAAAUAUUCUUCAUCAGAUUAAAAAAAAAAACAGCACUGUCUCAGUACAAGUAUACCCCCAUCUGUAAUACAUGGUAUUACCGUAUAUGUUACAAUAUGGACGUUUUCCAUUUCGUUAGCAGUUAAAGUGUUAAAGUUACAAGAAAAAGUUUAAUAAUGCAAGUAUCAUUCAACUAAUACAUUUUAUACUUCACAAUCAACAGACUUCAUUUGGGUCAUGUCGUCAAAGUGCUUGCUGCUUCACACCAGGAAUUCCAGGGAUCCCAGGAAGCCCUGGACCCGCGGGAUCUCCAGGAAAUCAUGGACCUGAAGGACCCAAGGGCCCAAAAGGUAACAAAGGUGAUGAAGGAUCUCCUGGAAAGCAGGGCCUCAAGGGCGAUACAGGUCCCGCGGGACCAGCGGGUCCAGCGGGAAGCAAAGGUCAACCAGGGGUUCGCGGACUCCAGGGUCCUCAAGGUCCCCAGGGAGCUCCAGGAUCCUUGGGACGGAACUGGAAGCAGUGCUUUUUUAAGAGGGUAGACGACGCCAAGAACUCUGGAUUGAUUAAGGUAAACACUGAACUCCUUCUUUUACUUAAAAAGAAGUCCCAGUCGUUUAGUUAUGGAUAAUUUUAACAUUUGUUUUCAUGAAUGAAUCAGGUUAAAAUUUCCAAAUAUGUGUUGAGAGAACAAGAAAACAUCUAAAGCAGACACCGCAGCUGCCGAAGACUAGUUACUACCGGGAAUGGCUAAAACACCGCAGCUGUCAUUUUUUAGAAAUAAAACACUCCUACUGUCAACAUCAGUUUCUCCGCUAUUUAAGUAUGAACAAGGUAUAAAAAAGACACACAUAUGACAUUCAAACAGACGGAAAAUGAAAAAGUGAAAAACUAAUUUCAACCAAUCAGUUUCAACCUCUGUCUGUUUGCCUCACUGCUAUUUCUAUUUCUUUUAAUAGGAAUGCAUUUUCAAGAAAACAUUCGACAAUACCGCACUGCGGGUCUUCUGGAAUGGAGAUUUCCGCGUAACUAACUGCGAUGAUUGCUGCAAUAGGUGGUAUUUUACAUUCAAUGGGGCGGAAUGUACUAGUCCGGGAGCCAUUGAUGGUAUUGUGUACGUGUCGUUGGGUACUAACUUGAGAAAGAACCCACACCGCCCACGCCACGUCGAAGGAAUCUGCGAGAAGCUCCACAAGGGGACGGUACGCGUGGGAUUCUGGGUGGGUAAAUGUGCCGAACGGAAACCUGGUGACGCGCACACGGGUUGGAACUCAGUGUCCCGGAUGUACGUGGAAGAAGUAUCUCCUCCGCAGGCCUAA